AUGGCGAUUGAAAACACUACAUUUAAAAAAGCUGAGUGUAUAGUAAAAAAUCCAUAUUAUGCCAAAAUCACGACACAUGAAUUUGAAUUGCUUAGUAACUUAAAUAACUUUCCCCAACUCCCAACUGCAGCAAAGGACCGUACAGUAAAUAAUUCAUUGGUUCCUAAACCUAAACAAAGUUCUAAUUCUCUUAAACGAAAAGCCAUAUGUCCCACCCAAUGUCGAGGUCGAGGUCAAGGUCGAGGUCAAGGUCGAGGUCGAGGUCAAGGUCGAGGUCAAGGUCGAGGUCAAGGUCGAGGUCAAGGUCGAAGUCGAGGUCAAGGUCCAGGUCAAGGUCGAUGUCAAGGUCGAGGUCGAUGUCGAGGUCAAGGUCGAUGUCGAGGGCAAGGUCAAAGUCGAGGUCAAGGUCAAGGUCAACGUCAAGGUCAAUGUCAAGGUCAAGGUCAGGGUCAAGGUCGAGGUCAAGGUCAAGUUUGA